UGUUUUGUUUUUUCAUAGAGACAAGACAACACGCCAAGCGGAGGAGGAGCGGCCACAAGCUGCCCGUGCAGGACCCAUGAGUCAGAGUGGUCCCUGUCUGUGGACCGGGCUCCCUCAGAGCAGCCCCGCCCCCUGUGAGCGCUUCAAACUGGCCUGCUGUAGUCAUCAGCAUCAUGUGUACGUGCUGGGGGGCCGCCACUCCACCUGCUACAGCGACUUCUGGAGGUACAACGUAGUGUGUAACGAAUGGACUGAGCUGAACUGCACCGGUGAAGCUGCACCAGAAGCACUCGAGGAGCAUUCUAUGGUGACCCAUGAGGGUUUUCUCUUCGUGUUUGGAGGCAUGCUGGACAGUGCGUACUCCAGCCUCAGAUGUCCCCUCUGGGUGUUUGACAUUAUGAAACAGAAGUGGGUCCAGUGGCGCGGAAAGACCCCACAGGUAGAGACCCCCUCCAACAGAAAGGCCCACAGUGCGGUGGUGAUCGGGUCGGCCAUGCUGGUCUACGGAGGAUACAUUGACCUGAAGGGAUCCUCUCAGGAGUUCUGGAGUUUGGACCUGGACUCCAUGGUGUGGUCCCCUGUGGCCUCCUCUCCACAGACCUCAUUAGGCCCAGGGCCGCGGCACAGUCACUCCUCCACAGCCUUCCACAGCUGCAUGUACCUUUACGGGGGGCUCAAGGGCCUCCGCGAGCAGAGAGACUUCUGGAUGUGGAACUGCACCAGCAGCACGUGGAGCUCCCUCAGAACCAAGUCUGGCCCUUCCAAACUGGUAGGACACAGCGCAGUGACCUACAAAGACUGCAUGCUCAUCUUCGGAGGAUACGAGAGCCAAAACUCGCCUCAGAACUGCCUCUGGAGGUACAACUUCUCCUCCCAAUCCUGGAACCAGCUCCCCACUCUGCCCGGCUCCCACCCUCCUCACAAAGUCCACCACUGCUGCGUCGGAUUAGGCCCCAGCUACAGCCUUCAGUCGGGAAAAUCAACUUUAACCUCAGAAACUCACCUCAAUAACAAAAUCAGACACUUCAAAAACAAGUGCUUCCCGACUCAGCUUAGCUUUUUGGGCUCGGAGAACGCGAUCGAACUCCAAAUGUUGACGCCGCAAAAAAGUAGUUCCUGUGAAAGCACUGACAAGGAGUGGAGAAUGGACUGUUUGACUUUCGAAAACAAAGCGCUGAGAAAAAGACUGAGUUUUGAAGAGGAGCUGGAUGAGAAUAUAAGCCAGAAUCUGCCAGACAUGAUGCUGGUGAUAGGAGGGAGACCAUGCACGUUGCACAAACCUGUAUCUGUGUGGCAAAUGACGCUGACAGACUCUUAGCAGAAGAGCAGUUUAUAAAGGAGGAGAAAAGGAAAACAAAACAAAUGCAUUGAUUUAAAGAACAUAUGUUAUGCUAAUUUGACUUUUUGAAGAUUUUAAUUGUGUUACAGGUCCUAUAUUAUGCAAAAUUUACAGCUUUGAGCCAUGUUACCUCCUUAAAAACAUCCCUGAAGUUUUCUUUUAUUCACACGUUUGAGUAAUUCUUUAUUAUUAGUCUGGUUACGUCUCCAAAGCUCAAAAUGCUCUGUUCCACCUUGUGAUGUCAUGAAGCAAGUUAACAGCUCCUUUUACCUUUUGUUCAGUAGCGAUCAGUAAUUCCAGGGCUGAAAUUGUGAAAAUGUAUGAAGUUUAAAAACACAGUGGAGCACUUCCCGUAUUACCACGGAUCAGAAAAUAGCGUAAUAUGGGCUCUUUAAAACUAGGGCUUAUCAUUUAUUGGUGAUAUUGGAGGAUUGUCUCAGAUAUCUUACAUGAUCGAUGGUCUUCUUCUUUUUUUUUUUUUUUUUGGAGUCUUUAUUUUUCUGUUACCUUAAGUUCUAAAGCAGAGGUUUUUAACAGGGGGGUUGUGAAAUCUUUGGUUGAUUUGACUUUUCUUUUUUUUUUUUUUUUUGAAGGAUGAGGAUGAUUUGGUUUUCAGUGGGUUCUGUCUGUGCACUCCUUCAUCACGUUUGUCUCUUUCUCUCUCUUCAUUCCCUCUUCUCUCGCUCCCUGUCAAACUGAAAACACCUUAGUGCGGAUUUUAUCAUUUCCUCUAGGCUACAUGUGAAAAGUUUGGUUACCUUCACUUUUACGCACGGUGGAACAUAAACUUUGCACGUACUACUGCGAAUCAGGAAGGGGUCUGGCAACUUCAUUCAUUGGGCGCAUUAACCAGGCUCCGCACUCCAAAGUCAGCCUCCUCUCUGUCCUCGGAGCGACUGGGAGAGGAGGUGGAGUCGUGUCUUUCGUCUCGUUCCUCAGCUCAGAAUGACCAGAAAAGUUCAGUGUCCUACAUCAGACUCUUGACCGUGCGCGCUGUGGCUCCUCUCUUGUUUAGUCAGAUCAUUUAAAAAGAGUCACACUUUGACCCCAUUUUCCAUGAUGUCAUUUCGUCAUUUUGUUAAAGCGACUUCGAUGGAAUACAUAUACAUAUAUACAUAAUACAAUAACAGAGUAGCUUUGUUUAUACGCGACAUUAGGCCCAGUUUAAUAUAAAACACACUUGUAUAUCAUAUAUUUAGUAGAGGGUCCCUGCUCCAGCCUGAAAAAUGUUGAAAACCCCGUGUUCUAAAGCAAAGGUAGAGCAUGUAAAAAGGCCAAUAACAUUACAAAUAGUGCAUAUUAUGUGUUCUUUAAUUUCAAUUUAUUUUGUACAACCAAAGAUUUCAACUCUCAGAACAGAUUUUUAUACCUCCACAAAAUGCAAAGAAGAGGACAAUUAAUCAAACGUGUAAGCACAAAAUGUAGUUCUGUUUACAGUUUUGACCUUAAAAACACACAAUUUGUAUAGUUAGAAUUUUAAGCAAGUUUUUUUAAUUUACAUUUUUUAUUUCAGUGACAUAAUGUAAAAACAAUCCAACAAAAAAAAAAAAAAACAGUGUUAUAUUUUACUGUUUACUAAUGUUUACUGAAACGUGACGUCAUUACCCUUUGCUUUUCAUGCUUACUGUGAAUCCAUCACUCUGUAUAUUUGUUUUUACAUCUCGUUCAAGUGUUACAAUGUUGUAUAAAGUCAAAAAACAGAGCAAAGCUGUAAUAAGAAUGAUCAGAUUUUGAUUGUUGUGUUAUUUGUAACCACAUAGUCUAUUUAUUAAACUAUUAACACAUUGAA